AUGGGUGCCGUCGGUUGCCAACGCCAAUGGUCGGAAGUUUUCCGCUUUCUUUGGAAGCCGUGGAACAGCAGUUUGAAUCUGUUGACAUGGGCAAUCUCAAUAUACCUGGCCAUAUCUUUAACAGGGACUGCUGCUGCAGUAAUUCCCUUCUAUCUUGCGUUCCUUGUCAUUUAUGAUAUCAUGUACUAUGGGUACAGCAUUUCUGUCAUUGAUGAGACUGAGACCCUGAGUGCUGGUUACAAUGUGGGAUAUUUGAUGGAUGAUGGUGGAAGUGCCACUGGAGAUGGUCUUGACUAUGGCUUUAACUUCUAUGAUGGCAAUUUCAAGAAGGACCGGCGCCAAGCACAGCUUGACAAAUUCCAGUAUUGUUUUGACAAGCUUGACCUUGCGUCUGGAAUGACUUUGAUUGAUUUUGGCUGUGGCUGUGGUGAUUGGCUCAACUAUGUCCGAAGCCGUGGUGUGAUUGGCAUUGGUGUCAAUAUCACACCAGCUCAGGUCAAAGUUUGCCAUGAACGUGGACUCAAUGUACUACUAACUGACUGGAAAAAGAUUGAGGGAAAUCCAGAAUUUGAAAAACAGCUGUAUGGAAAGGCUGAUGCAGUGACCUGCUGGGACACGAUUGAGCAUUAUGUUCCUGCCAAGUAUUCCCAGAAUCAGACGAUGCAGGAUGCUAUUUAUACCCAACUCUUUCGUCUGAUUCAAAAGUGUCUCCGUCCUGACAGCAAGGUUGGUCGAGCCUGGACAUCCUGUUUGCAUUAUGCCCCCACCAAGCCAAGCUGGAAGCGCAGCUUCAAUGACUAUUUGUUGGACAAGUUUCAUUCUGGAUGUUACCCUGAUUAUACCAAUCGACAAUUGACUCAGAAUGCAGAACGUGCCAGCAUGAAGCAAAUUUUGGAGAGGAACUUGACGGAGGAUUACUACAUGACAUCUGUCUUGUCUCCAGAGCACUUUGGGCGUCACAAAAUGAAGUUGACAUUCUAUCGUUUUGUGGUGGUGUCUCUGUGGAUUGUGUUUGAUCCCAACUGGAUCCAACGUUACAUGUGGUUCAACCAAGAAGCUUGGAUGGAUCAAUUUGAUCCAGAAAAAUUGGAAGACUCACCCAUGCAGCUUUUGUGGAUCAUGUGGGAGAGGUGCUAA